AUGAGUGAUACCAAAGAACAUGGUAGUAGUAGUGCAAGUGGCUCAGGAAAAAGGUAUCGAGGCCAAAGGGGAAAAACUAAGGCCCUUGACAUUGUCAACAUGCCUAACAAGGAUAGAAUAGAAGUUGAAGUAAAUGAGUGGGGGCAGCCUAACAAAAAAAAGUCUGCAUCUAAAUUAGUUACGUGGAUUGGGACCAUAGCUAGGAACCGUUUGUAUUGCCCACAAACGUAUCCUAAUUGGAAGAAAAUUCCACAACCUUACAAAGACGAUUGCUGGAAAGUAAUAAAGGACAAAUUUAUCAUUCAUGAUGAUUCCAAAAAUUGGGUCUUCGAUAGGCUAAAUCAUCGGUGGAGGGAGCACAAGUGUGAUUUGAAGGCUGAGUACUACACUAAAUAUGACUCAGACUCUGAUCGGAGAAUGAAUCUCGAUCCUCAUGUUAUGCCAAUAGAGGAUUGGGAUGUGUUGCUGAAGUACUGGGAUGAUGAAAAGAACAAGGAAAUUUCUGAGCAAAAUAAAAAAAACAAAAAGAAUCAGAAAAUGCACCAUAGGACAGGUAGCACUUCAUUUGCAGUCAUACGAGAGAAGAUGCGUAAUGAGAACCUAGAUAAAAAGCCUCCCUCUCGUAUGGAGAUGUUCGAUAGGACUCAUACACCCAGUAAGGGUGGAGAGAUGGACCCUGAGUCAGCUAAGACAAUGGAUCAAUUACGAGUUGCCCUAAGCAAAGAAUCUGAAGAAAGACAAAAGGAUAGUGCAGUUCAGGAUGAAGUCUUCAGAGGUACAUUGAAACGGAAUUCUCAUGGGUGGGUGCGCAUGUACGGGCCUGGAGUAACCCCGAAACAAGUGUUUGGCAUAGAGGGACUGCGCACCCAGAGACGAGAAGAACGUAUUGUUGAUUUGAGGGCAGAGAAUUCACAAUUGAAAGAGAAGAUUGCACAACAAGAUGACAAGAUAGCUGAACAAAGUGACAAGAUAGCUCAACAGGGAUGGCUUGGUAACUUGGAAAAGAAGGACCUCUGGAGUACCAAUGGCUCCCAUUUUGGGGAAAUUGUUAAAUACUUAAAUUUAGCAUCUUUUGUAAUGAUCUUAGGUCCCACUUAUUUUGAGAAUACUGCUGAUAUGAAGAUGAGAUAUAAUCAAAUCCAUGCAUCCAUGUUGAUGAAGUUGGGGCGAUUAAGCUUACUUUCUUUCUUAAUGCUUAAUUUGGCACUAUUGCGAAACCUAGCACCCGUCAAUUGCUAUUUUCAGUACAUACCAGGUUUUUUAUCACAAGUUCUAAAACCAAUAGCAUUUGGUGGAACUUGA